AUGGCUGGAUCUACUGUCUCUCCAAAAGUGAAAAGUACCUGCGAUGGGCAAUCUUUGGAAACACUUUCAGAUGAUAUUGAUUCUGUGAAUAUACUAAAGGCUUCUGUCAAAAAUCAGGCAAUUUUCGAAGCCUCCAAGUUCGAUCAAGGCAAAGACAAGGCCCAGUUCCGGAAUUAUGAAGUCGCCUGCGAGAAGGUGAAGGAGUUCUAUUUUGAGCAACACGAAAAUCAAACUGUUGCGUUCAAUCUGAAGGCCCGAAAUGAUUUCAAGUCUCGAACUCGUGCAGAAAUGACGGUGUGGGAGGCUAUAGAGACACUUAACUUCCUGAUAGAUGACUCUGACCCAGACACGUCACUUUCUCAGAUAGAGCACCUCCUCCAGGCUGCAGAAGCCAUGCGGAGAGAUGGAAAGCCACGGUGGAUGCAACUCACUGGCCUAAUCCAUGACCUAGGAAAACUACUUUACUUCCUCGGUUCUCAGGGCCAGUGGGAUGUUGUUGGAGAUACGUUUCCGGUCGGCUGUGCCUUUGACGACAGGAUAAUAUACUCGGCUAAGUCUUUUGAAAAAAAUCCGGAUUACGGGCAUGAAAUAUAUGGGACCGAAUAUGGAAUAUAUACCCAUGGCUGUGGUUUGGACAAUGUGAUGUUAUCCUGGGGCCACGAUGAGUACCUUUAUCAUGUUGUUAAAACUCAGUCAACACUGCCCCCGGAAGCGCUCGCAAUGAUCCGCUACCAUUCAUUUUAUCCUUGGCAUACGGAAGGGGCAUACCAUCACCUUAUGAAUGAUAAAGACGAACACAUGCUUGAAGCAGUUCGUGCCUUCAACCCUUACGAUCUAUAUAGCAAAAGUGAUGAGAUUCCAGACGUGGAAGAACUCAAGCCGUAUUAUCUCGACCUCAUCGACGAAUAUUUUCCUCAGCGGGUCAUUCGGUGGUAA